AUGUACCCUCAAAAAGUAGUCGUUCUUUAUCUCUUCUUUCCCUCUGUCUUAUCUCUUGCAGUGCCUACAGCUAUCACUAAAUCUGAAAUACCUAGUCUUUCAGGAGAUAAGGUUUCAUGCAAUAAGCCCAGCGAUAACGCUAUCCAGCUCGAUAAAAACAAUUACCGGACCGACACCGAGAAAGAAAGCAUCGAUAUCGAGCUAAAUCUCAUUCCACCACUUUCCAACUUGCUCUGGAACCAAAAAACAGAAGCUUCCGUCAAGUCAGACGUUCAGGAAUUCGAAUAUACAGAAGCGCAGGAAACUAUCAACCUUUCCGAUGCAGCAGAUACGCACAUACUGCAGAGAGAAGGAGACAAUUCGAAGAAAUUAGCACAGGAUAAAGCUGCUUCGGAAAUUCAUAACCAAUCGAACGAGAUUUCAUCAAAAAAUCGACCAAGCCUUACUAAACGCGCCGGCCUUGGCUUUGCCAGACUAGCGGGCAGUUUGGGCAGGAGACUGGGCAGAACCAGGAGAAUUGGUGGAUCAUCUAGAGGGCUCAGAAAAGCUCCAUCUCUUGGCAGGGGAGCCAGUCGUCUUGGUAAAACUCGGACCCCUAAAGCAAGGGGGUCAAAGUUUAAUAAAGUCAAGACUUCUACGUCAGGAAGCAAAAUUCGUGAUAAAUUUAGCAGAAAAAAGCCCGCUAAAACAACCGAUAAAGUUAGCCCAGCAAUAAGUGGCGACAAAAGUAUCGACACUCCCUUAGACACCAAAACACCUGCUGUUGGAAACAAAGCCACCACCGGGUCUGCAAUUUCAGCAGGUCUUCCAGCGGCUGGGGAUCUUUCCAAUACUUCUGGUGGUAAAGGUACUGGUCCUACCCCUGCUUCCGGGGCCGCAGGCGACAAUAUCCCUGUUACAAAGAAAAAAGGCGGAGUUGAUGAUUCCGAUGAUGAAUUUGAUCAAAACGAAGUUCGUCAAAAAAAUCAAGGCGGUGGAAAUAGUGGUGGAGGGUCUGCAGUUGCAGCAAACCUCGCCGGUACUGUACCUUUUCUGGCUAUGCCACUAGCUGGUGGUUUGAUGGGUGCAGGAGGAGAAGGUGGAGGCAACGGCGGAGAUGGUUCUGGCUCUAGAGGCACGGCAUCUGCGGAUGACGAAGAAGAAGCUCCCGAAGGCGCUGAAGCGCAAAGCGAAACUGAAACAAGUGCCAAAUCAAGCCAAAAGUCCAGUGCUAAGGCUGAAUCAUAG